AUGGGUUGUGCAGUCGCAGGUGAAGCAAGGCCUAGCACUGGCAUGCUCGUGAAUCAGGGAGCCAUAGCAGAUAGAAAUAGUAAAGAUAAAGUGAAGUCUGGUGCUAUGGGACCCUUAUCAGCCUACCCUCAAAUUCCACGAAAUGCUCUGGCAAACUCCAAGAGAUGUGCUCAACUCGUACCAGGAUCAGUACCUGCACAAAGGUGCAGUCGCCUCUUAGAGAUGCCUCUCCCUGAAAUUCCAAAAUCAGAAUUCCUGAAAGUCCCAAACUUGCAAAAGCCUGAAAUUCCAAGUGUUCCAAAGCCCAAGCUUCCAUAUUGGCCAAAGUUUGAGGUCCCAGUUACUGCCCAGAAGCCUGAGGCCCCAGCUGCUGCGCCAAAGCCUGAGAUCCCAAGUUGGCCAAAGCCCAAGCUUCCAAGUUGGCCAAAGCCUAAAAUUCCAAGUGUCCCAAAGCUUGAGUUUCCUUCUUUGCCAAAACCUGAGAAACCUGCUGCCCCAAAGCCUAAGGUCCCAGUUGCACCGAAGCCUGAGAUCCCAAGUGUGCCAAACCCCGAGCCCAAGCUACCAUCUUGGCCAAAGCCCGAGAUACCUGCUGCUCCAAAGCCUGAGGUUCUAGUUACGCCGAAGCCUGAUAUCCCAAGUGUACCCAAGCCCGAUUUUCCAUCUUGGCCAAAGCCCGAGCUACCUGCUGCCCCAAAGCAUGAGGUCCCAGCUAGGCCAAAGCCUGAGAUCCGAAAUGUGCCAAAGCCCGAGCUUCCAUCUUGGCCAAAGCCCGAGCUACCUGUUGUCCCAAAGCCUUAG